AUGAACUAUGUCUUUCAACAAUAUGUUCCUCAUGUUUCAAAAAAAGAUCUCACUGAUACUAUUAGAAAUUCUUACCCAAUCUCAUUCAUUCUCAUGAUAACUAAAAACAAAACAAGUACCGAAUACCAUACCUUGAAAGAAAAAACCAUUGUAGAUAUGGGAAUUCCUAGCCAAUGCAUUACUGAGAGGAACAUUGCUAUCUCUGAAAAAAAAUCAUCUAUUUUGAAGAAUAUCACAAUUGAAAUGAAUGCUAAACUUGGAGGAAUUCCUUGGAUGACAUCAAUUCCAAUGAAACCACAUACCAUGAUUGUCGGAAUGGAUGUUAAUCAUUCAGGUGAAGUUUACCAUCGAAGUAAAUCCUCUCUCGUUGGUUUCGUAUCAUCCUACGAUUCAAAGGUAUGCGCAUACUAUUCUCAAAUCCAAGUCCAGAAGCCAGGAGUUGAGUUGGUUGAAAAUAUCAAAAAUCUAAUGAGGAAUGCAAUUGAGAAUUUCAUGAAUGAGAACAAAACUUCUCCAACACAUAUUAUUUUCUAUAGAGAUGGUGUAGGUUCAGGGCAAGAAGAUCACAUUUACAAUCAGGAGAUAUUAGCCAUCCAACAAGUUUGCAAAGAAUACAACUCUAUUCCACUCAAUUUCAUUCUUGUACUUAAACGAAUCAAUAAUAGAAUAUAUGCUGGGCUAAAUGGAAACAAUUUUGGUAAUUUGAAACCAGGAACAGUUCUAGAUGGUGAUAUUCUGACAUCAGAUCCAAACGAAAUGUCAUUCUUUCUUCAAUCUCAUCAUGUUGAUUCGUUUCAGGGAACAGCAACUCCAACAAGGUAUAAGGUUUUGGAAAAUGGGAGUGGAUUUAAUAAGGUAUUCUAUCAGAAUAUAUCGUACCAAUUGUGUCACUUGUAUUAUAAUCGUUUGGGAAUUUCGAGUGUUCCUGUACCUUGUAUAUUAGCUCACAAGGUAGCAUUUUUACAUGGUCAAUCGAACAUUUCUAAAAGUCCUCACAAAAAUCUCAACAAGAAACAAUAUUACUUGUAG